ACUACGAAGUGUCACACCAUUUCAACACAAAGCCACAUCCUUUAGGUAAUAGAAGAACUGCUUUCACUUGAAGGAUAUGGCCAGACUGAACUGGUUCAGAAGUCACUCAGAAAAAAAACAUUCCAUUGCAGCAGUGUUGGAAAACUUUUAGGUCCUCCUUUUCUUUCUUCAACUGUUGUUUUGUUUUGACUGACGGCACAUUAUGGAUUGAAUUGUGUUUUUAUUCAGAUAAGGUCUUGCUAUGAAUAGGUAUAUGACUCUUCGCUCAUCUGGGAGACUGCGUCUGAAUGGCUACCAGGUGGAGAGUGGAGGGUUGUCUGUGAAGAGGGAGAGUAAGACGCUGGAGAAGACCAGGAAACCCCUCAGUCUGGAGGAGACCCAACUGGAGCUGCUGCUGCAGCAGAGCAAAACUUUCACCAGACAAGCCUCUGUCAGGUCUCGGACGUUCGAUGUGGACAGAAGUUUGGAGAGGACUGUAAGCAUCGGUUCACAAAGUAGUUUUAUAAAGCACAACAAAACAUUCCACAAGCUGUUUCCUGACAUUCCAGAGACUGAAGACUUGCUACAUGCGUACAUCUGUGCCCUGCAGAAGGAGGUGCUCUACCAUGGCAGGCUCUAUGUCACCAAGCAUCACGCGUGCUUCCACUCCUCCGUGCUGCUCAAGGACACCAAGUUAGUGAUCCCUGUGACCAGCGUGCAAAUUGUGAAGAAGCAAAACACUGCCCUCCUGGUGCCCAAUGCCCUGUCUAUCCGCACCACCGAGGGAGAAAAGUACCUGUUUGUGUCUUUGCGGAACCGAGAGGCUUGUUACAAGCUCCUGCGGUCCGUGUGUCCUCAACUGAAGGGUGGAAGUGCCAACAGCAGCCCUCUGUUCUCUUCUGCAGAGAAUAGUUUUGAUCAGGACAAGCUGGUGAACUCCAGUCAGUCCAGUCUAGAGGACAGUUUUGACCAGCCGGACGGGUCAGACCCGAAGCUCUUCCUCGACUCACCCCCACCCAGACCAAACAAAGACCUAGUGCCUCAAGGGAGCAACUCCACCCUGAGGAGCAUAAACACACAGCAGAGAGACGGCUCCUCAGAGGACCUCUCAGCUAACCACACACAACGUGGCUCAUGGGUGUGGAGUGUGACACAGAACGCCUGCUCCCUUCUCAUCCAGAGAGACGCCAGCAGCCUCAACACUCUCCUCUUCAUCUACCUAAUACUGGUGGUACUGCUGCUGCUAUCGUCGGGGUACAUCGGCCUCCGCAUCGUGGCUCUGGAGGAACAGCUGACCUCUCUAGGCGCCCUCCCUGAAUUCUCCUCACAGAGUAUAAGGACACAUAACCCUGAUUGGCCGGAGGAGAUGCUGGAUGUCUCAUGAGUGGAGGAUGUGACGCCAGUUAAAGAUCUAACAAUGAAAAAAGAGAACUGGAGCUCUCGUGUUGAAGAUAUACUGUCCUCUUCCUAGAAGAACUUGAAGGAAGAAGUAGGAGACAUUUUGAUGGUGUUCAAGUGAUGGCCCGUCACCUCCCUGUAUGAUUUCAGAAACCGAUGGGUAUCUCAAAGGGCUAUAUUUAAGAGAGCUAGGCCAGCCACGACUUGCAGCAAGCAGAGCCAAGCCAACACAGGACACACAAAUGACCUGCUGUGUGUCUGACUUGAAACCAAAGCCAACUGGCUCAAACUGAGCAACUGAAGACGGGAGGCGAUAGUCAACUCGAUCUGCUCUCAGAUCAGAUUGACAAGAAGCGAUUACUCAGAGAACUCUGGAAUGUGUGCUCGUCUCCAUUCAAGAGCAUGUGGUCUGUGCAGACGACUUAAUUCCAGCCUAGUCCUGGGUUUGCUUUUUUUAACACCUCCCCUAAGGUACGAGUGCUAUGCAAGGCCAAAGAUGCAGAGUGCACAGAGAUGACUUGACUCUUAUCUCCUACUAUGGUAUCACUUCAUCAGGGUGUUACAAGUCGAUCUGUAUUUAAUCUUUCACUACUAAGUCAUAUGCGGGUACUCUUGAAGGAUUCUUCUGGUAAUCGGCCAUAAUGAUAACAAUGAAUAUCUUCUCUUACACGGAUCAGCUAGCCGAGCAGCCAUUUUGAUUUCCUCUUCUGACAGUCUCUUCCUCUCUUUAAGAUCAGCAGUAUUAAUCCUGCCAUUGGCAUGAUUUAAACCUGUUUUAAUGAUUAAUGCUUUGGAGGACACUCCCUUGAUUCUCACUGGAUGUAUGCAUCUUCAACGUGCCAAAAAGAGUAAGAUCAGGUUGAAUAUCGUCUCUUUUGUAGAGGUUACAUUUUCUACUACGUCCAUUUUUUCCCUCUUCUACUACUUCUACUAUAUUCCAAACCAAUACUAUUGUCUUGUUCAGAUUUUAAUAUCUGAUGACUUCUGUACUGUUUUUUUUUUAGAAGGAACUGACAUGUGAAAAACAAAGAAUCAAACCUCUAGUCGUUGACAGGCCUGUUGAGAACAAACACUUGUUCCUGCUGGUUCAGACGUUUCAGGACUGUUCAAGUAGCAACAUACUGUAUUGUAUGUUAUUGCAUGUGUCUGGAACAUCGGAUACUUGACUGAUUAUAUUAUGCACACUCAUUUGAGUGAACAACCAUAAAAGUGUAACUAUCAAGUGACGUUGUUAGUGAGGUCCUAAUUUUAAACAGAGCAAAAAAUAGGUGGUCCAGAAAAUGUAUUUCAAUAUGCAAUAAAGAUUAUCCAUGGGGGAGGGAUUAGCAACCUGUAGGUUUUUUUUUUAAAUGGAGUCUGUUGUGAGAAUUGUUUGUUAAAAAAAACCAAAAAGAGGCCAAAAUAAUGGCUCUGGUGAGCAAGCGAAGGCACUUUAAGUUGCUGAACCUGCCCAAAUCCAAAGACAUCAAAUAUGACUAAGGUGGUGGGGAAGCAGGCAUUUUCAUUCUUUAGUUUAGUAAUUUGAUGGUGCAAAGACCUUUAUGUUCUUCUCAGGGGUGGGUGCGACCUGCCAGUUUCAGGGUCACAGCACCACUCAGGGUUGGUUGUCACACUCAUUGAGUUUGUCCUUGUCCACCACAGAGAUAAUGCACUCUUCAUUGAGAAUCACAUUGUACUGUUGCAAUAUAUCAGUCUGUGAUUUUUGUUUUAACUUGGGGGUUUUUUUCUCUUGUUUUUCGACCGACAAAUUGUCUGUUUCAAUCUAACAUCUAGCUCGAUACUGGGUACUCUGUGUUGACGGGACAUGAAGAGUGUUGAAGUGACGUCUGUUAUAUCGUGUUACGGUUGGGUAGUUGUAGUCAGAUGUUGGGCUAAAAGAUGUAUGCCUACAUGACACAAAGCAGUACUGUCAGUCGCCGUCCUUCCCCACCAGUGGACAGCACAUGUAAUACGUCUUCAAAUGGCCACAAUGAAGAUCCCAGUGUGUGGUUUUGCAUUAUUGAAGUGUUGUAAAUAAUUAUGUCCUUUUAUUCUAUUUGAUUACUGUAUUUAUUUGCAUUCUAUGUAAAUCAAAGUCUCUGUGAGAUUUUGCUUUGGUAUUGUUAAAAUAAAUCAACUGUUGCAAGCA